CCGAAGAGAAAAAAAAGGGAAACCCAGCCAUGCCUUGAGGAAACCGGUAGAAAGCUUGGUUUUCUCCUUCUUUUCUUGCUCUAGAACACACCUAGAACCCAGAAAUCUUCCCCCCUACUGGAAAAGCCGGAUCUGCCCUGCUCUGCUUUGUCCUUCCGCUGGUUGCUCUUGAUUGUGGGUGAUUUCUGGGCAUUUUUUUCGUGAAAUCCCGUGAGAUUAGCUAGUGUUUUGGCCAAUUUUGGAAGUAGAGUUACUGUUCAUGUCGGGGUUACUGUUCACGUCGUGGUACUGUUCAUGGACACUGUUCACACCCCGAGGGCCAACAAUUAAUGGGGAUUUAAGUGAUUAGUUUGUGAUAUAAGAACGAAUUUGGAGAUAUCUGAUCAUGUGGAGAUUUAUGGAAAUAGCAUUGUGAUUAGGAAUGAUCCUAAUGAUGAUUUCAGCUUGAAUUUGUGAUAGUCCGGUAUUAAUUCUGAGGUAUUUUGAUUAGGUUUCUGAUUGUUCUGUCAGUUAGCAUUGAGAUUGAGUGCUCGGUUUUAUGCAAGUGAGGUAAGUAAAUUUAUGGUAAUGCCCGUACCGUUUUAAAAGCAUGUUUUGAUUUGUUUUUGAAGUGGUGGCGGGACUAAACCCGUUUUACAUAAGUGUGACUGAUUUGAAGUGAAAUGUUUUGUGCUUUUCAUGAAAUUGAGCAUGCCUACUUGAAAUUUAAGUGACUAUCCUGAUGAUCUGAAAGUGAUUGUGAAUUGUGAUUUUCCUGUUAACUUCUGCCUGUUUUGUCUUCGAUGUGGUCAUGUUAUUUGUGACCCCGCUAGUGGGGGAGGUUAUAAACGCUAGCACAUGUCGACAUGUUAGUGAAAGAGCCGGUUCGUUCAACCCAGCUAGUGGGGGUUAUACACCAGCAAAUCGCGGCCCUACUAGUGGGGAUUAUACACUGGCUGUGACCUAUAGAGGAGACGUCUAUUUCGUUCCUGUACUGUAUCCGAUUUGCGUGAUUGCACAUGUUGGCAUGCUAUAAGUUUAAUAAUGGGCAAUCCAUAUUUACUUACUGAGUUUAUCUCAUAGUUUUCCUUGUCCACCAUUUAAGGAAGUGAAACCGAGGACAGGGAAACCACGGGAAGUGACGAGUUAGAAGGCUAGCCAUAUUGUAAUUGGAUAUAGAUUUUCAAAAUAAAUCAUGAUCUUGUAAGCUAGAGUGUAUUUGGAGAUUUAUGAUCAGAGAGAAUUUUAAA